UACCGGAACAUGAAUUGCGCGACGAUAAUAAUAAUAAAACGACAAUACACGUAAUUACCUUUAAAAUGACAACUUUACAACAUGAAUAGGGACAUUGGAUCGAAUUCCACCGUUUAUAACAUUGUAAUGCACCCAUAAUUCUUACAGUACUGACAUUUUGGAGUAGUUUAAAACAUGCAAUUUAUGUUUGUUUAAAAAUACACACACAAAAACAACAUUUCUCAUUGGAUUUUGAAUGAUCCUCCUUGCACUGCACAGAGCUGGUGCCAUGUGGGGUAUCAAUGCUUAUUGCCGAACUAAGAAUCUUUUGGUCGACAUCUUCACCACCAGGCUACCACAUAACAUCGUUAUACAGAGCUUGAACUGAAAAUCUCUCGCCACUAGGCUAUCAUCACUGUACUGAGAAUGUAGAGGAGGUCAGGUGAUUUAACGAAGUCCUUAUAGCAAUUUGGAAUCCUUAUUCUGUCAAUGUGAUUAUCAUCAUCACAAAUACAUGUCGGUACACACGGACACUUAUCAAGAUACGUAAAUCUUUAAUUAAUAUUUGAUGGUAAGUAAUUGUCAGAUACCAAACUAACAUUUAUAUCUCAAACGGACACAUUGCCAGAUAUCUGCAAAAUAUCAGCAGUUGAAAUGGAAUAUGGUGUGUAAUAUAAGAAGCAACAAAUCAGUUCAUGGAAGAUGAUAUAAUAUGACGCUGUGAUUUCAAUGAAGUUUUCUUAUAAUGGAUCCUAAGAAAUCAUUUUUCAUAUUUAACGUUUUAGUGGUCGUUUUCGUUAUUUUUGUUGGUCUAUCUUCAUACAAUAUCAUUGACAUUGAUCGCGCCAUCUUCGCUAGAAAUGAAACGGCAGAAAAUAAAAUCAGACAUCAACAUGGCGUCACUAUGAAAAUACGUUAUUUGCUAGAAAAGCCCGAGUUAUGCACGUCAGUUCCCAAUCUAUCUGUGGUAAUUAUCGUGCACACGGCACCAAAAAAUCGCGAGCGCCGCCAAACUAUAAGAGAAACAUGGGCAAAUAACUCUUAUUAUACUCAUCUUGGAACGGUCAGGAUAUUGUUUCUAUUAGGUGCGGUGAAAAAUACAAGUUUACAAGCGGAAAUUGUUAAAGAGUUUAAAGAGAAUGAGGACAUGUUACAGGGAGACUUUAUAGAUGACUAUCAUAACUUGACAUACAAAGGUGUAAUGGCGUACAGAUGGCUAACAGAAAAAUGCAGAAACGCCAAAAUCGUUCUCAAAGUUGAUGAUGACGUCAUUGUGAAUAUGUUCAAAUUUUUCACUAGCUCAACGUUUAUGCCUUCAUUCUUGAAAAAGACAAAAUUUAUGGCCUGUCGUCGAUUUCAUAGAAAUAUAAUUGUGAGAAACCGCAAAUCUAAAUGGUUUGUCAAUAAGACAAUUUUAGUAAAUCAAACUAGAUAUCCGGAUUAUUGUCAAGGUUUUGUUGUCAUCUUUACGAACGAUCUUAUUCCAGCGCUUUACCAAUCAGCAUUAGAAACGCCGUUUCUAUGGAUCGAUGAUGUAUACUUGUAUGGAAUGGUUCCCGGCAAUAUAGCAGGUAUACAAUACAGACAUUUACGGUACGGGAAGGAAGUCAUAUUUGGAGAUAAACAAACUCUUCAAUGUCAUCAAACUCAAAAACAAAAAUGUUCGUACUUGGUGUCGAUGUUUCGAUCCAAUGUUGUCAGUACUAUAAGAGAAUCUUGGAGACUGAUUGUAGAGAAUUACAGAAACGCUUCAUUGCAUCAUCAAAUAAGUUGAUAUUUAAAUACAUUUGACCUGCAUAGAAUUAGAACCUGCGACUUCAAAAGUGUAACAAAAAAACCAUAGAAGACCAGAGUCACAAACUAGCACCUGAUAUGUCAUUGAUCUGUUUAUAGUCUGAACAUGGUUAUGAUCACUCCUAUAACUUUAAAAUCUUAUAUGUCAUGCAUUUAUUUCAUAUGUGUUAAAAUGAUAACAAAAGAAAAAAGAAAACAAAAGAAUC